AUGGUUAGAAAGUUAAAGUACCACGAGCAGAAGCUCCUUAAAAAAGUUGAUCUUUACAAUUACAAACAAGAUAAUGAACAUAGAGAAGCCGAUAUAAUCCAACGAUAUCAGCUAACAAAUAGAAACGAUUACCACUCCUACAACCGUAUAGUUGGUAAAUUGAAGCAGUUGAUGAGAAAACUGGCUUUGUUGGAACCUAGCGAUCCAUUUCGGAUCAAACAUGAACAGUUAAUCUUGGAUAAAUUAUACGAUUUGGGGCUAUUGACAACAACCAGCAAGAUUAGUGCCGUGGAAAACAAGCUCUCUGUCAGUGCGCUAUGUCGUCGCCGAAUUGGUGUGAUGAUGGUCAAAUUCCGCAUGGCACAGAACGUUGCAGACGCCAACAAGUUUGUCAGACAAGGCCAUGUUAGGGUCGGUAACAAGGUAAUCACCGAUCCUGCGUACCUCAUCACUAGGAAUUUGGAGGACUACCUUACAUGGGUGGAUGAUUCCAAGAUCAAGAAGAAUGUCAUGACGUUCAAGAACAAAUGGGAUGAUUAUAACACUGUAUAA